UUCUCGUUCUAACUUUUUAAACCCCCGAAUUUCUCAACCCAAUUAAUUUCGACGUGUUCAUUUUUUCUUUACAAAAGUUUUUUCAAAAAAAGAAAAUGGCAAACGAAGAACCAAAAGCCGCGAUAACAAUCGGAGAAGCAUUAGAGGUGGUUGCGACAAUCGUCGGCAACAAACCCGUCGACGACAGCGAUGCCGCCGCCAUUCAAGCCGCCGAGAUGAGGGCUACCGGCGCCACCGCUCCUCCUAUCAACGGCAUUGGAUUUCAGGCCCAAUCUGCUGCUAUGGUUAAUGCUCGUAGGAUUUACGAUGAGGAGAAAACUACCCUUGCUGAAGUUAUCGGGGAUGCAACUCAGAAGUUAGAGAGUGACAAGCCAGUAACAAUGAGAGAUGCAGAGAAGGUUAGAGCGGCAGAGUUGCAAGGGGACUUGGAUGGCCUCAUUGGCACUCACGCGGACGCUCCUAAGGAAUCAGUGACCCCCGGAGGUGUCGCCGAGGCGUUAGCCACCGCUGCAAAUAUCAACCACCCUUCCUAAUAAGCUUGUUUGUAGUUCUCUAGUGUUCUACAUGUACAUUGUUUGGAGUUUGGCAGUUUGCUUACAUUGUUCAUGUUCAUAAAGAUCCUCUGUUUUUUUGUGUGUUUUUGAUGAAGAAUUACAAUGGGGAAGUUACAUAACCAAUUACACGAGUUACAUGGUUGGCUGGAUGCCUUGAUGUAGUCUUUGUCAAAUCUUUAGGUGUUAUGUUCUUGUGGUCAAUUAAUGGUCAUGUUGCUGAAAUAAUUCACGAUUCUUGUUUUUCCCCUAGUA